AUGCGUGCCGAUAAGCUCGAAGGGCCUUGGUCUCAACCGUUCUUUGUAUCACCUGCAUACACCCGCACUUUCAGCACCCAGUCAGGUUUCUCGUGGAGGAUCAAGGGUUCGAAGACUACGACGUAUCUGUACAUGGCAGAUCAGUGGGACAUGCUCUCGUUGUGGGAGAGUCGCAAUGUUUGGCUCCCUAUUGAGAUUGAUGAAAGCAAAGGCAGCCUAAAGGUUGUUUGGCACGAUAUCUAUGACUUAGACGUGAAAACUGGUGUAUGGAAACCUAUCCGCGGCAAGACAUACACCUCCAGAUACGCCAAGACAACUGGUGAUGCCCACCUCCAAGAAGCGACCUUUGGCAGCCACAACGCAAUCGCUACUGGAAUCUACGGCAACGACAGCACCAUCACUUUUGAAGUCGAAGGCGAAGGCCGAGAUCAAUGGGUAUCAUUUUAUCACCAAAACAUCGAUGACAUGGGCUUCGGCGACCAGCCCUUCGGUCAACCUGACCGCAUCAACGGCACUUGGCAGCUGCGCCGUAUCAGCAGCGUCGUUGUCAACGGCGACAACAGCACGGUUCACACGCUCUACCAGAAGGAUACCCACAAGGGGAUCAUCCUGUCGACCCCGCUUCUGCUCCCUUUGCAGAAGGGGAAGAACACUAUCACCGUUGGCGGUCUGUACAACGGCUUCGACUACAAGGGUGCGGAUCUGGACCGUAUCGUUGUUUACCCUGCUGAGGAGACCUGGCAGAAGCGUUCCUUGAUUGACGCGAUCAAGUUUUGGUGA